CGGAGCUGUUUCACGGUCACGCUGCCGAAGAUCACAUCCGGGUUAACAGGGGUCGUGUAAGUGUUGCUCAACAGAAACAUGUUAUUGCAAAGGGUCUUACAAUGUGGUUCUACUACACUGAAAGGGAUUCGCUCCAUUCAUCAGACUGCGCUAUGGAGAAGUCCUCUUAUACCCAUCGUCGUGGAGCAGACGGGACGUGGAGAGCGUGCAUAUGACAUCUACUCAAGACUACUCAGAGAGAGAAUUAUUUGUGUCAUGGGUCCAAUUGACGACUCCGUGGCCUCUCUGGUUAUUGCUCAGCUUCUUUUUCUCCAGUCGGAGAGCAAUAACAAACCUAUUCAUAUGUACAUCAACAGCCCCGGUGGUGUAGUUACAGCUGGACUUGCAAUCUACGACACUAUGCAGUACAUCUUGAAUCCCAUCUCUACCUGGUGCGUGGGCCAGGCUGCCAGUAUGGGCAGUCUGCUGCUGGCGUCAGGAACCGCGGGCAUGAGGCAUUCCUUGCCCAAUGCGAGAAUCAUGGUGCACCAGCCUUCUGGAGGUGCAAGGGGGCAAGCAACAGAUAUUGCAAUCCAGGCAGAGGAGAUUCUCAAGUUGAAAAGACAGAUCAACAUUAUUUAUUCAAAACACACAGGCCAGCCUUUGGAGACUAUAGACGGUGUGAUGGAGAGAGACAGGUACAUGAGUCCGAUGGAAGCUCAGGAUUUCGGGAUCAUCGACAAGGUCCUUGUUCAUCCUCCACAGGCUGGCCAGGAUGAGCCAGAACUUGUUCAAAAAGAACCUGCCAGUCCUGCGAGCACCUCCACCUCACCUCAGCCGCAAGCCUCAGAGCCAGGCCCACCUGGCAGCAACCCCACCUCCUCCCACAAACCUGAACCCUGAAAUAGACUUCAUGCAGGAACAAACAACUGUGUUACUGGUUCAGUGUUUCUGAUGAGAUGUACCCGAGAGGACAGUCACCUGCGCACGCAUCUGAACCCUUUGACCUGCCUUUUGUAUUUGCUAUUUUAUUGAUUAGUCUCACUAGGUCUAGGCUUCUGAAACAGUACUGGAAUCUGGACCUAACUAAUGCAAAUUAGAGAAAUGUGCAAGACCUUAUAUGUUUUUGAGAAUACAAGAUUCCAGUGCAGGGUUUGAUGUCUGCACUUGGAAUGUGUGUGUACACAUAUUUAUGUCACAUAAAUAAAAUAUAGGUUGUUAAUCUA